AUGGCGUUAAUAUCCACGUACUUCUCCCCUCCCAGCGAGACCAGCCUGAUUGUGAAAUCAAUCCAGAAGAACGACUUUCUUAGCCGCCUUGAUGAUGAGCAAAUUGCCAUGAUGGUAGACCUCCUGGAGACGCUUCACAUUAGCCACGGCGGCGAGGUCAUCAAAGAAGGCUCGGAAGGGGACAGCAUGUACAUCGUGGCAGCCGGCGAGCUUCUCGUCACGCAAGCCGGUCGCGACCUCCGAACCCUGGCUAGCGGCGACGUCUUUGGCGAGUUGGCUAUUUUGUACAACUGCAAGCGAACAGCUACGGUGAAAGCUAAGACGGAGGUGCGGCUUUGGUGUAUGGAGAGGCAAACGUACAGGACCAUCAUCACCAACAAGUCCAAGAAGAAACGAGAGCAGCUUCUUGGAUUUUUGAAGACGUCUCGGACUUUGAAGGACCUAAAUGAUGUCCAGUUGUCCAAAAUUAUUGACUCCAUGGAGGAGGUCAAAUACCAAAACAAAGACGUCAUCGUCCGUGAAGGAGCCGAAGCAAACACCUUCUACAUUAUCCUUAAAGGAGAGGUGUUGGUGACAAAGAACGUAAAUGGGCUUCAGAAGCCUAUUCGACGUAUGGGCAAGGGCGAGCAUUUCGGGGAACAGGCCCUCAUACGCUCCAAGAUGCUUCAAGAGGCGCGAGCGCCAGAAAAAGCCAGUCCCAGUUCCACUCUAAGAUUUAAGGACCUGGUACCGGUGUUGUACCAGGAAGGGCGCUACCAAGGGGACCCCGUCACCCUCGGAGUUGGAGGCUUCGGACGAGUUCAACUGAUGACCACGUUGAACCAUGGCAAGUAUUACGCCAUGAAGCGGGUCUGUAAGAAGCACAUUGUGGCCAAGAGACAAGAGGAGCACAUGUUGUUUGAGAAGAAAAUUCUUAAAGCCAUCCAGUGUGACUUUAUUGUCAGGCUUCACGGUGCCUUCAAAGACACCCGUUACAUCUACAUGGUGAUGGAAUUCUGUGGCGGCGGCGAGAUUUGGACCAAACUCAAAGAAGUAGGACGCUUCGACGAGCAGAUCGCCGUUUUCUGCACGGCGUGCGUGGUGGAGGCGUACGCGUAUCUUCAUAAGAAGAGCAUCAUGUACAGAGAUCUUAAGCCCGAGAACCUCAUGUUGGACGUGCGCGGUUAUGUCAAACUGGUGGAUUUUGGUUUUGCCCGAGAGUUGGUACGCGGCGAGAAGACGUACUCGUUUGUCGGAACGCCUGAAUAUAUGGCGCCCGAGAUUAUCAAGAAUCAAGGGCACGAUUUUGCUGUCGAUUUCUGGUCGCUUGGAAUUCUCAUCUACGAACUUCUGGUGGGAAGCUCGGAACCUCAAAAAAUUUACGCCAAAAUCCUGGACGGGGUUCUCAACUAUCCUCCGUAUUUAAGCGAGGCGGCCAAAUCCAUCAUCAGUAAGCUGUGCAGACCGCGGCCUGGUCAGAGGUUAGGAAACACCAAAAAUGGCAUUAAAGAUGUACGACAUCACAGGUGGUUCAGUAACAUGAACUGGCACAAACUACGCAUGGCUCAGCUGGACGCGCCCACUGUCCGUCUCAUACGUAAGGGCCCAUCCUACAUCAAUUUCGAGCGCUUCCCUCAGGACCAAACAAAAGCGGAAGAGGAGUUCUCUGGUUGGGAUCGGGACUUUUAA